CCUCCGUGGCAUCGAAGAAGCGGUCGAAAGCGCCCAAGCAGCACCAGGCGGAGGAGAAGCUGAUAUCGUCGGGCAUGAGCUCCAAGAUACUGAAAGAAGCCUUGACUCAACAGAGAGAGAUUCAAGACGAGGCGGAGGGGCGAGACCCUAACGACAGCAACUCAUUGGUUUUCGCUCAAGGAUUCACUGAGGCCGAGGAAGUACAAGAUGACAUCGAUGAGUUUACUGGGUUCUCUGAAACUCAGAGCCAAUUUGGCGCCUAUGAUGAGAUUGAUGAAGAGGAUGAGAGAGUAUUGGAGGCAUUCUUAAGAAAGGAUGCGGGUCCCCAGUGUACUCUUGCCGAUAUCAUUGUUGAAAAAAUUAAACAGAAAGAUGCAAAGGCUGCUUCAGAAAUGCGACCGUUGCCUAAAUUGGAUAGCUCCAUCAUCGAUUUAUACAAGGGAGUUGGCAAGCUUCUUCGUAGUUACACAGCAGGCAAAAUACCCAAAGCAUUCAAACACAUCCCUUCAAUGCAACUUUGGGAGGACGUCCUAUAUCUGACUGAGCCUGAGAACUGGUCACCAAAUGCUCUGUAUCAAUCCACAAGAAUUUUUGCUUCUAAUUUGGGUGCAAAGAAGGCAGAACGCUUCUACAGACUAGUUUUACUCCCACGGGUGAGAGAAGAUAUUCGGAAGAAUCAGCGGCUUCAUUUUGCUUUAUAUCAAGCAUUGAAGAAGUCACUCUACAAACCUGCCGCAUUCUUCAAAGGAAUAUUGUUCCCUCUAUGUGAGUCAAGGACUUGCAAUCUUAGGGAAGCUGUCAUCAUUGGGAGCAUUAUACAGAAGGUCUCCAUUCCUCCACUUCAUUCAAGUGUUGCAUUAUUGAAGCUUGCAGAGAUGGAAUAUGGUGGUACAACAAGCUAUUUUAUAAAGCUUCUUUUGGAGAAGAAAUAUGCUUUACCACAUCGUGUACUUGAUGCUACUGUUGCUCAUUUUAUGAGAUUCCUCGAAGAUACCAGGAUAAUGCCUGUAAUAUGGCACCAGUCACUACUUGCAUUUGUGCAAAGGUACAAAAAUGACCUGCGGAAGGAGGAUAAAGAUAACCUUAGAAAUCUACUUGAAAUGCAAAACCACAAACUAGUUACUCCUGAAAUCCGUUGGGAGCUAAAUAAUAGCCGCAACCGUGGUGAAAAGGAGGAUGAUCUUAUGUCAAUAUCCUCUCCUGUUUCUGUGAUCAAUAAAACUAUUGAAGAAGACAGGUUUGAUAUUCCAGAGGUUCCGAUGGAGGAGGAUUGAUUGAUUGCCUGGAUCCAUUUUUCAUUAGAUCCAAUUUAGAUUAACAAGGCCUCCUCAAGCUUGUCAUGCAGACCCAUUUGUAAAAGUAGUCAUUAGUAUGCCUUUAAAUUUACUUUUUGUGGGCUUCAUUUUUCACUACAUCCAAUUUGGAUUACACGCCCUUCUCAAUCCCUUUCACGCACACAAAAUAUGAAGUUAAUCGGAUAUUAGGAGCUGCAUAAUCUUUUUUAUUUUUUUAUGUGAUUGCCCAAAAUUACAUGAAAAGAAGUGUUUCAACAUUGUAUAUUAUUGAUAAUGAGAUGGUAGUUUGAGGGAAGUAUGUGUAUUUUUUCCUUUUUACUCUCUGAAUGAAGGACAUUAUGAGACUUUA